AUGGUGUCGUCGCCGCACCGGGAGCACCCGCCCAAGAAGGGCUACGAUUUCGACACGGUCAACAAGCAGACGUGCCAGACCUACAGCUUCGGCAAGACCAGCUCCUGCCACCUGUCCAUCGACGCCUCGCUCACCAAGCUCUUCGAGUGCAUGACCCUGGCCUACAGGUAUUUGCUUCGGAUAACUUCUGCCUCGGGAACAGAACUUCUUUGGAGGAGCUGCAGUGCGGAGCAGCCCAGCCCUGCACAAAGCUCACGAUAG